AUGACGUUUCCCUUUCCCAAUUAUUCAGUCAAAAUCACAAGAUUAACAAACCCGAUCCUUCCACUUCAGCUAGGUAAAGCAUAUAUCUUAGAAAAUCAGCACACAUUCUUAUAUCAUAUUAAUAUUAGUACCCCCGUAUAUAUUUUAGAUAGCAUAGGGCAACAUAUUUUAAGAACGCAACGAUGCAGCUUAGAAAUCAAUCAACACAAGUUCUAUCCCUCAGAUCGCAUCGACCAUGAAACAAUUUUCCCUUUACCAGCUAUAAGCCUGACCAAUUUCACGAAGCAGAACCUUGUUGAUGUAACAAAAUUCAACUUGAAGACAAUCCAGAAUCUUCAAAUAUCCCAAGAACAAAUCAACGAAGACAGUAUCCAGUUCCCAGAUCGUCCCAUAGAGAAGACAAAUCUAAUCAUAUUUUUACUUCUUCUAUCAACUUUCAUUGGUUACAUCAAUUACCAAAUUUUAAAGAAGCUAAGAGAAGCAAGAAGACGUAGAGAAGAAGAAGCAGUUCCGGAUUCGCAAACUUUGGAUCCCCCGUUUGCUCAUCUUCGGCAGGGAGGAGAAGAUUUUGGAGAAGGGAGAUAA